AUGUAUCCUGAAGGUCAAUUGUCACCAUCAGUACCAAACUCACCAAGAUAUACUCUACCGCCAAUCACUUCACCAACGUCUCGACAAAACAUGCAUCCUCCACAGCCUCAAUUUAAUCAAAACAAUAUCCAUCAUCGACCUAUGGACCGUGAACCUGAUCAGCCCAAUUUGUAUAAGCAACAUACUCCUCAAUUCGCAGCGUCUUCAUCAGUAUCCUCAACAUUUGUGCAGAUGCUAGCAUACAAUAACACACACCCAACAUACACAAGUACAGUACAAAACACAUACUCAUAUCAUCCCUACCAUGAAUAUCCUUCAUAUGGAGCACCACACGAAACUAGUCAUCAAGUAGGAGAGAAUGAAAAGGCUCAUGUAGCAGCACCGUGGCCAGCGCAAUAUCGAACAAAUAGCAGCAGCAAUAAUGUAGUUUAUGGACAGCCAUCUUCCGUUUCAAUUUCGACUCGUUCUCCAAUACAGAUAGCAACUCCUGAAGAAAUUCAUCAGUACACUUACACUAAUCUCCCCAAAGAAAACAAUAGUAGGAAUAGUAGUAAUACUCGAUGGCAGGAAGGUGAAAUAGUUCAGGUUACCGAAAAUGCACGGACAAAGAAGGAGCGAGAGUAUAAUGAGAGGGUUCAAGAGAUAGAGCGCGAGUUUAUGGAAAACAAAAGAAUGAAAAGAUGGAAAAAGUCCAGGAAGAACUCAAUGAGGUGUACAAUGGCAAGGGAUUAUGCCUUGUUUGAUGAGAGACUAGCAGCUUUGGAAGAUAAUAGGGUUUUGAUGAUAAAGAAUGCCCAGUUGAUGAUGGACUACCAAGUAAAGUGUGUUGAUAAACAACAUGACACAGACUGGCGUACUCUAGAGAAAGAGUCUAUGGCAGAGAAAAGGGAGCUUCAGAGAGCAAUGUAUGUCAUGUUAGAAGAAAAGAGAAAAAAACUAAAGGAAGACAAGGAUGGUGAAUUGGGAUCAUCAAAAGAACUCGCCUAUUCGACUCACCACACCCGCAACCGCAAAAGAAUGAUGCGGAAGCGAGGUAACCCUCUACUGAAACUGGACAGUAUACCGCCCACAAAGACGGGAAACUACACAUCAAAACGCCGUUAUGCCGCAGAACAUAUCCUUUUUAAUAUAGUAAUUACUGCUAAUUCUAGUGCACCAGAUUUAAAGAAAGAAAGAAAGACCUAA